AUGAAAGCUAAGGAACAGCAAGAAGUCAUAGAGCUCAGGGACAAACUGAAUCGUACUACUAGAUGGAUGCAAAAGAACGGAGUAAUUCUCACCAGAGCAGAUAAGUCCAGAACACUGGUCCUCAUGAAACGCAAUUCAUACCAACAGAGUUUAAGAGAAUAUAUCGAUAAUACAAUGUGCGAGAAAGAGAAGGACGAUAUAAUCGACAGACUACAGGCUAAGGUUAGACGUCUGGCUGACUCUAAAUUAGCUAAACGCCUGGCACUCCGUGACAUAGUGAUCGAUUCACCUGACGUCCUUAGACUUUUCGCCUACGCUAAGACACAUAAGACAGGCCAACAGUUAUGCCCGAUUGUAGACAAGGUGAGAACGCCCACGAGAAAGUUAGAAAAAGCCAUACACAACCUUCUAACUCCCCAUCUGGAAAACUACUCUUACAAUGUGAAUAAACCAGCCGACCUCAUCCGCCUCCUGCAGGACCUACCCUCCCCACCACAGUUUAUGACAGUCCUGGACUUCAAAUCUAUGUACCCCUCAAUAGAACUACCCCCAGCCUUCUGCUCCCUCAGAGAUUUUCUGUUUAAUACUGUUCAGGACCAGACACUACACCAACAAGUACUUGAGAUGGCCCAUCUGACAUGUUACGACUCCGUGUUUAAGUUCGGCGACACUAUCUACCGGCAAAAAAACGGCGUACCGAUGGGUAGCUUGCUCUCGGGCGACUUCUGCGAAAUGGUCGUCAGGCAGCUUGAGACUAAGGCCCUCCCGCCUUUCCUUCCUAGCAUCCUCCUUUACAAAAGAUACGUUGACGACAUCCUUAUCAUAUGGAAGGAGAUGCCCGACAUGACAUCUUUCGUCAGAACCGUUAACGACAACCCUUUCGGCCUAACGAUCGAGCUGGAGCAAGCUAGUACCAAGGAAAUCCAUUUCCUCGACAUCGGAAUAAAGAUAGUAGGACCCACCAUCCAAAUAGCCGUAUACCACAAACCCUCAUCCACCCCCACGUACAUACCAGCCGAUUCCUGUGACCCGUUCCCAUACAAGGCAGCUGCAUUUAGGGCUCUUGUGGAGAGAACGUUCUCACACUCAUCCACCAAGCAAGCCCUGACAAAUGAAUUAGCCCGCAUCAAAAAAAUAGCAAUCGAACACGGAUUCCCGAACAUAACGCACUGCUUAAUUGAACAGUACCAACGCCAGAAGCAUGCCCUAACCGCAGAGAUCGCCGCCAACCCACAACGAGAUAACUCAGCAAGGAUCCCCAUCACAUACAACUCACACCUCAAGACUGUACAUAGAAAAAUAGCCAAAGAGCACGGGAUUCGACUGGCGUACAGAAGAUGCCCCACGAUUUUCCGCAUCCUAAGGAACGAUAAGGACCCUCCUGAUCGCACCAGACUCCCCGGAAUCUACUCUAUCCUGCUCCGUGACAAUAGACAAAACGCGGAACUACUAUACAUCGGCUCAACGAAAUGCUCCUUAAACACCCGCCUACGUGAACACCAAGUGGAUAUCCGGCACGGGAGGCUGACCCCAGCCCUAGCCACAUAUGCAUCAGACCCCGAAAUCGAAGUACACUUCGAGAGGGCUACCAUUAUUGUCAAUACCCCCCACCAGCNCGAUAAGGACCCUCCUGAUCGCACCAGACUCCCCGGAAUCUACUCUAUCCCGCUCCGUGACAAUAGACAAAACGCGGAACUACUAUACAUCGGCUCAACCAAAUGCUCCUUAAACGCCCACCUACGUGAACACCAAGCGGAUAUCCGGCACGGGAGGCUGACCACAGCCCUAGCCACAUACGCAUCGGACCCCGAAAUCGAAGUACACUUCGAGAGGGCUACCAUUAUUGUCAACAUGCCCCACCAGCAGCAACUCAGAUGGCUGGAAGCCGCGGCUAUCCACAACGCCGACCGGCUAACCACUUGCAUUAACCGGAAAGAGGAACUGACCUUGUCUCUGGCCUGGCAAUCACUAUUGGACGCCAAUCCGCCGCUUCCUCCCCCCGCCGCACGGCUGCACAUACCGGAAGCGACCCACCCCCUCGGAACCGACACCCGAUCCUAG